AUGAAGCUCACGCACAACCACAGCGUCGACCGCACGGCCAUCGACGUCAAGCUUCGCCUCGCAUCAACACUAACGGAGGAGCAGCUGGGACAAGUGAAGCAGAUGACAGCCUUUCAUGGACGAGUUCAGAUGAACAUCGACAUCAAGGAGGUUCUCCGUCUGGAGGACGAGCUGAAGAAGACCUUGCGUGAAAGUCCAACGUCGUCUAUUCGUCUAGACGCCAAAACCAACCUCCUCAAGUACGUUCAAGUCAAUACCGUAUUGGGGUUCGAGGAAGCGUACGACGAUUUAUUCUACGAGCUGAACGAGAACGGAGGUCUGGAGUGUCUUCGAAGCAUCGCCCCGGCUCGUUCGAAAGACCGCUUCCAGCCCAAGAUCUCAGAGUUGCAGGACUGUGAUGAAGGCGAUCGGCUUGAACAGCAGCUCCAGUUCUAUCUUACGGACGCUGGACUCGCAAAACCGUUUUUGGACGUGCUCGUGGCGAGUGUGGCGCAAGACUCGACAAAGUAUGAGAUUCAACGCGUGGGGGUCAAGUCACGCGAAAGCACCCGACGGAAGGCCAUCAAGUUCUGUGGUGGUGAUGUGCGAAAGAUUACUGACAUGGCUAGGGUAACUGUGAUCUGUGAAACACCGGAGGCCUUGGAACAGGCGUUCUCGGCUAUCUUGGGAUCGCUCCAGCCGCAAGAUGUCCUGCGCGUGGCGAAUGGCUUCAACUCCGACUGGAUGCCUAGCGGUUAUCGGGACGUGAAGGUGAACGCCGUCGUGCACGAGCACCUAUGCGAGAUUCAGCUGCAGCUCCGCGAGUUCGUGGCAUUGAAAAGCGAUCAACACGCCGUGUACGAGUGGGCGCGGGACCUCAACGUGACGUCGGAAAUGGAACCUGAAGACAUGUUCGAGAACAUAUCGCCUGAGGUUGUGGAGGAGAUGAUGCACCUGGCCACGGAGGACUGGCAUGGAACUCGGCCUUGUCUAGAACACUUGCAGCUCGCUGCUGGACAAUACGCCCAGGCUGAGAAGGGCCUCAAACAGCAACUCCUGGAGGCCGAGGGAGCAAAACGCGUUUUCGAGGACAAUGACGGCAAGGAAUCAAGAAUGGCACUGCUCGACGAAAAUGCAAACAGAGCAGCACUGUGCCGAGCAUUGAGCGAACAGGGCAAGUACGAGGAGGCAGAGCACCUUUACACCCGGGCCGUGGAGGUUUUGGGUGUAACCGUAGGCCAAGGACACCCUAUUUAUGCUCGUGCGCUUGGCAACCGGGCGGGGCUGUUGGUGAAACAGGGCAAGUUCAACGAGGCGGAUACGUUAUUCAAGAGGACGCAGGAGAUACUUGAGAAGGUGUUGGAGUGGGAUCAUCCAAGGUUGGCCACGACCCUCAACAACCGGGCGAUGUUGUUGACUCAGCAGGGCAAGUACACCGAAGCCGAUGAACUCUAUGAGCGGAGUCAGACCAUAGAGGAGAAGGUUCUAGGCCCUGACCACCCAAGCUUGGCAGCAACACUCAAUAACCGAGCGUCGUUGUUGGCGAGGCGGGGCAAACACGAAGAAGCCGAGCCUCUGUGCGAGCGCGCGAUCACGAUCUGGAAGGCAAAACUGGGGCAUGACCAUCCACACGUUGCUGUUGGACUAAGUACCCUGGCGGGAUUGAUGUGCCAGCAGCAAAGGUAUGCCGAGGCCGACGCACUCUAUGAACGAUGCCAGAAAAUAGAGGAGAAGGCUUUAGGUCCUGAUGACCCAAGCUUGGCCACAACGCUUAACAACCGGGCGUCGUCGUUGGAGAAGCAGGGGAAGUAUGAGGAAGCCGUGCCUCUGUGCGAGCGUGCGAUCAUGAUCUGGGAAACAGCACUGGGUCGUGAACACCCCGAUGUUGCUGUUGGACUAAACAACCUGGCGGAGUUGCUGUGCGAGCAGGGCAAGCACACCGAAGCCGAGCCACUCUUGGAGCGAAGCCAGACAAUCAAGGAGAAGGUUCUAGGCCCUGAGCACCCAAGCUUGGCCGGAACGCUCAACAACCGGGCGACGCUGUUGACAGCUCAGGGAAAGUAUGAGGAAGCCGAGUCUCUGUACGAGCGUGCGAUCAGGAUCUGGGAGGCCGCUCUCGGGUGUGACCACCCCCAAGUUGCUGUUGGGCUCUCUAACCAGGCGGAGUUGUUAUCCCAGCAGGGCAAGUACGCCCAGGCCGAGGAACUCUAUGAGCGAUGCCAGACAGUAGAGGAGAAGUGUGUGGGACCUGAGCACCCAAGCGUGGCCACAACACUCGACACCCGGGCGCGGUUGCUGCAGAUGCAGGGGAAGUAUGAGGAAGCUCAACCUCUAUACGAGCGAGCGAUUGUGAUCUGGGAGGCAUCGCUGGGGUCUGACCAUGCUCAAGUUGCUACUGGACUCAGCGACCUAGCCGGCACAUUGUAUGCGCAGGGUAAGCACACCGACGCGGACCCUCUUUACCUUCGAUCUAUUGAGAUCGGAGAGAGGACACUUGGCCCUGACCACCCCGACCUUGCCACAGUGCUCAGCAACCGAGCGAGGUGUUUGUUGGAGCAGGGCAAUUACACCGAGGCCGAGCCACUCUAUGAGCGAUGCCAGACAUUAGCCGAGAAGAAUGUAGGCCCUGAGCACCCAAGCCUGACAACAACGCUCCGCAUCCGGGUUGGAUUAUUGAUAGCGCAGGACAAGUGCGAAGAAGCGGAGGCACUGUGUAAGCGCUCGCUGGCUAUCGACCAGGCAAAUUAUGGCGAUGACCAUCGGGAGGUAGCUACAGACCUCAACAACUGGGCUUCAUUGUUGAAAGCACAGGAGAAGUACAUGGAGGCAAUUCCGCUAUUGGAGAGGGCCCUCUUGAUCCGUGCGAAGGUGCUUGGUGAAGAUAACCCAGACACAGUCAGCACCCGGAACAACCUGGAACUCCUGCUGGAAAGGUGUGAUGGGAUUGAAGAAGCUGGUCGCGAUGGAGUUAGCAGCGAAGAACGCGAUCGGCAAGACAGUCAAAGAGGCCCCAUGAGCUAGAUGGAGUCAAGCGCAACGGCCUGUAGCCAUCUAGCUCAGGUUCGUGACGUCGACGGUGUAUAAUAGUAACAAUCUCGCAAUUCUCAUUAUUGAUCUCGGCUUCCCGCCGAUGAUGUUUUUCCGCUACUCUUCUUGUGCCCAGCGUUUACUACACCGCUCAUGACCGAGAAGUGUUUUUAUGUUGCGUACAUUCAGCGACUAAUCUUGUCUUGGAAAGGGUGGGCAAUGUAUGUUGUUGGCGAGAUGCAGGGUUGUUAGAACACCACCAACAUCCACAAGGUUUGAUUGGUUCAAGUCCUACAGUACUUUACGACGCUUGGGCGCGAAUAUCUCGUUGUCUUUGUGG